CGCAGGCGCGUCCGCGAGACAGAAACAGUUCGGAAUACAGGAGCGCACGAACGCGCAGACACACGAAACACAUCCUGAGUUAUUAACCAGACAACAUACGAGUAUUAAAUCAUCAUGCCGGCCACAGAGAAGGACCUGGCGGACGACGCGCCGUGGAAGAAGAUCCAGCAGAACACUUUUACGCGCUGGUGUAACGAGCACCUGAAGAGCGUCAACAAACGCGUCGCGGACCUGCAGCUGGACCUGAGCGAUGGACUGCGACUCAUCUCUCUGCUCGAGGUGCUCAGCCAGAAGAAGAUGUACAGAAAAUAUCACGCCAGACCCACCUUCAGACAGAUGAAGCUGGUGAAGGUGUCGUUUGCGUUGGGGUUUAUUUUCUGGGAGGGGAUAUUAUGAUGGUGUUGUUCGUUGGUUUCUCUGGACAGCAAAGCGAUUGUGGACGGGAACCUGAAGUUGAUCCUGGGUCUGGUCUGGACCCUCAUCCUCCAUUACUCCAUCUCUAUGCCCGUCUGGGAGGAUGAAGACGACGAGGAAGCCAAGAAACAGACGCCCAAGCAGAGGCUGCUCGGCUGGAUCCAGAACAAAGUGCCCGACCUCCCCAUCACUAACUUCAGUCAGGACUGGAGGAACGGCCGGGCGCUGGGCGCUCUGGUGGACAGCUGCGCUCCAGGCCUGUGUCCUGACUGGGAGAUCUGGGACGGGGAGAAGCCGGUGGAAAACGCCACGGAGGCCAUGCAGCUCGCUGAUGAUUGGCUGGGAAUCCCACAGGUUAUUGCUCCAGAGGAGAUCAUUGACCCCAGUGUGGACGAGCAGUCAGUCAUGACGUAUCUGUCUCAGUUCCCCAAAGCCAAACUGAAGCCCGGAGCUCCUCUCAAACCCAAACUCAACCCGAAGAAGGCGCGCGCGUACGGCCCAGGCAUCGAGCCGACCGGGAACCGUGUGAUGCGUCCGGCUGUGUUCACGGUCGACACCUUCAGCGCGGGUCAAGGCCAGGUCACUGUCUAUGUUGAAGACCCAGAGGGCCGCAGAGAGGAGGUCAAACCUGUGCUCAAUGAAGGCAAAAAGACCUACAGCGUGACGUACAUCCCUCAGGUCAUGGGACCACACAAGGUCACUGUGCUUUUCGCUGGACAGCAAAUCCCAAAGAGCCCAUUUGAGGUGAACGUGGACAAAGCCCAGGGAGACGCCACUAAAGUCACGGCUAAAGGACCCGGACUGGAGCCGCUGGGCAACAUCGCCAACAAACCCACCUUCUUCGACAUCUACACCGCAGGUGCCGGAGUGGGUGAUGUGACGGCUGUCAUCAAAGACCCUCUGGGUAAUAAAAACACCGUGGAGGCCAUCAUGGAAGACAAGGGCGAGAGCGUCUUCCGCUGCACCUACAAACCCAUGCAGGCCGGCCCUCACACCAUCAACAUUACAUUCGGAGGCAUCGCCAUCCCUAAGAGCCCCUUCACCAUCAAUAUCGGCCCAGCGUCUGUUCCCGGUGCGUGUCGUGCCACCGGUCGAGGUCUGCAGCCCAGAGGGGUGAGAGUGCGUCAGGUGGCUGAUUUUAAGGUGGACACCCGUAACGCUGGUAGUGGCGAUCUGAAGGUCACUGUUAAAGGACCCAAAGGUCUAGAGGAGCCUGUGAAACAGAAGGACGCUUCAGACGGCGUUUACUCUUAUGAAUACUAUCCACACACACCUGGCAAAUACACCGUCACCAUCACCUGGGCCGGACAGCACAUUCUCAAGAGCCCCUUCGAGGUUCAGGUGGGCUCUGAAGCUGGACAGCAGAAGAUCCGUGCGUGGGGUCCGGGGCUGGAGGGAGGCGUUGUGGGCCAGCCUGCAGACUUUGUGGCCGAAUCCGUCGGAACUGAUGUCGGAGUUCUCGGCUUCGCCAUCGAGGGUCCGUCUCAGGCACGGAUCGAGUGUGAUGAUCAGAAUGACGGCUCGUGUAAUGUGAGGUACUGGCCCACCGAAUCGGGUGAAUACGCUGUCCAUGUCAUGUGUGAUGAUGAAGACAUUGAAGACAGUCCCUUCAUGGCCUUCAUCGUCCCUGAUAACAAAGCCAGCAACCCCAACCAGGUCAGGGCUUAUGGACCAGGACUGGAGAAGAAGGGCUGUAUCAUAAACAAACCUGCUGAGUUCACCGUCGAGGCCAAAGACGCUGGAAACGGACCACUGAGAAUCAUCGCACAGGAUGCAGAUGGCGUCCCCAUCGACGUGAAGGUGAAGAGCAAAGGUGAUAACGUGUACUCCUGCUCGUACACACCGACCUCGCCCAUCAAACACACGCUGGCUGUGACCUGGGGAGGCGUCAGUGUUCCCAGCAGCCCCUUCAGGGUGAAUGUUGGAAAGGGAAGCCACCCUCACAAAGUCAAAGUGUUUGGUCCAGGGCUGGAGAGAAGCGGACUGAAAGCUCACGAGCCGACACACUUCACCGUGGACUGCACAGAAGCUGGAGAAGGUGACGUCAGUGUUGGAAUCAAGUGUGAAGCUAAUGUUAUCAGCGAUAAGGAAGAGGAUGUUGAUUUUGACAUCAUUCCCAAUGCCAAUGACACCAUCACUGUCAAAUAUGUUCCUCCUGGAGCCGGACGCCUCACAAUCAAAGUCCUUUUUACUGAUCAAGAAAUCCCGGCCAGUCCGUUCCGUGUUAAAGUGGAUCCCUCACAUGACGCCUCCAAAGUGAAAGCAGAGGGACCCGGACUCGCCCGAGCAGGUUUGAUGUUGGAUUUGAUGAUAAACGUGGAGUGGAAAAACAACUUAAUUGUUUGUUUAAAAGGAGGUGGCUGGGAUAGUUUGUAUGUGCGUUUUUCUGGACCUAACAAAGGACAGCCUGUUCAAGGCUUUGAGAUCAUUGACAACUAUGACUAUUCCCACACCGUCAAGUACACACCGCUCCAGCAGGGAGAGAUGGUGAUAACCGUGACCUACGGUGGUGACCCUAUUUCUAAAAGCCCCUUCGCUGUCGGUGUUGCUGCUCCAUUGGACCUUAGCAAGAUCCAACUGAAUGGCCUGGAAAAUCGAGUGCAAGUGGGCGAGGAUCAAGAGUUCGCUGUUGGUACAAGAGGAGCAGGUGGACAAGGCAAGCUGGAAGUCAAGAUCACCAGCCCAUCAGGGAAGUCUGUGCCCUGCGUCGUGGAGCCUCAACCUGGUAAAGGAGCCAGUCUGGUGAAGUACAUCCCCAAAGAGGAGGGCGCCUACGUGGUGGAAGUCGUUUAUGAUGGUAAUCCAGUUCCAGGAAGCCCUUUCUCAGUUGAAGCCAUGCUGCCUCCUGAUCCCAGCAAGGUCAAGGCGUUUGGUCCAGGAUUGAAGGGUGGUCUUGUGGCGACCCCUGCUGAGUUUAGCAUUGACACCAAGGGUGCUGGAACUGGGGGACUCGGUCUUACCGUCGAGGGCCCAACCGAAGCCAAAAUGGAGUGCUCCGACAACGGCGACGGCACCUGCUCGGUGUCGUACCUCCCCACCGAACCUGGAGAGUAUCUAAUCAACAUUCUCUUCGAGGACGUCCACAUUCCUGGCUCGCCUUUCCACGCUGACAUCCAAUACCCGUUUGAUCCCACCAAAGUGGUGGCGUCCGGCUCCGGGCUGAAACGAGGCAAAGUAGGCGAGACCAGCGUGCUGAACGUCGACUGCGCCAAAGCUGGACCGGGCCAGCUGACCCUGGAGGCCGAGUCUGAUUCUGGAGUGAAAGCCAAGACUGAAGUUCUAAACAACAAAGAUGGGACCUACACGGUCACCUACGUCCCGCUGACGGCCGGUAUGUACACCCUACUGCUAAAGUACGGAGGGAAGACCGUCCCCAACUUUCCCGCCAAAGUGAACGUGGAUCCGGCUGUUGAUACCAGCAAAGUGAAGGUGUUUGGACCAGGAGUUGCAGGAGAAGGAGUUUUCAGGGAGGCCACGACAGACUUCACCGUGGAUGCACGAGCUUUGACCAAAGUUGGUGGGAAACACAUUAAAGCUCAUGUGAAGAACCCGUCAGGUGCUGCUACAGACUGUGUUAUUAGUGACAACGGUGACGGGACUUACAACGUGGAAUACACACCGUUUGAGAAUGGAGUCCACAGUGUGGAGGUUCUCUACGAUGAGACUCUGGUUCCAAAGAGCCCGUUCCAGGUCGGGGUGGGCGAGGGCUGUGACCCCUCACGUGUGCAGGCCAAGGGCCCGGGUCUGGAAGAAGCACUGACCGACAAACCCAACAAGUUCUCCAUCGUCACCAGAGGAGCUGGUAUCGGUGGAUUGGGAGUUACGUUAGGAGGUGCUUGUGUGUGUGAAAUGUCCUGCAAAGAUAACAAAGAUGGCAGCUGUAAUGUUGAAUACACCCCGUAUGUGCCUGGACUGUACGAUGUCAACAUCACGUAUGGAGGACAGCACAUUUCCGGAAGCCCGUUUAAAGUGCCGGUGAAGGAUGUUGUUGACUCCAGUAAGGUGAAGAUCUCUGGGCCUGGUGUCAGUUCUGGAGUGAGAGCUAAAAUCCCACAAUCCUUCACUGUAGACUGCAGUAAAGCUGGUGUCGCUCCUCUCUCUGUGGCUGUGACUGGACCUAAAGGUAUAGCCGAACCAGUUGAAGUCACAGACAAUGGUGACGGCACACACACAGUGGCCUACACGCCGUCUGUCGAGGGCUCGUACUCCGUUGCGGUCAAAUACGCAGACGAGGAAGUUCCACGCAGUCCGUUCAAGCUGCGUGUUCAGCCCACUCAUGAUGCCAGUAAGGUGCGUGCCAGCGGCCCCGGGCUCACCACCGGCCUCUCGGCCAGCUUCCCAGUGGAGUUCACCAUCGAUGCCAAAGAAGCGGGCGAGGGCCAGCUGUCUGUGCAGAUCACUGAUCAGGAUGGUAAACCCAAAAAAGCCAACAUCCAGGACAACCGGGAUGGAACCUACAAAGUGUCUUACGUGCCGGACAAGGUGGGCCGUUAUACUAUUGUGAUCAAGUACGGUGGAGACGAGAUCCCGACUUCUCCAUAUAGAGUGAGAGCGACCGCUACAGGAGACGCCAGCAAGUGUACAGUCACAGGACCUGGCAUUGGGCCGACCAUCGGCAUUGGAGAGGAGGUCGGGUUUGCGGUGAACACUAAAGGGGCAGGGAAGGGCAAGGUCUCCUGCAUCGUCGUCACUCCAGACGGCACUGAAGUGGAAGCUGAAGUCAUCGAGAAUGUGGACGGGACCUUUGACAUCUUCUACACAGCUCCUAAACCCGGGACGUACGUUAUUUACGUGCGCUUUGGAGGGGAGAACAUCCCCAGGAGCCCCUUCAAAGUCAUGGCAACAGAUGAAGUUCCCAUGAUGCAGCAGCAGUCAGUCCAACAGCAAAAGGCAGCACCAGGCGUCGGCUUCCAGCCCUGGGUUACAGAUGGCACGUAUGUUCCUGCCAACAGUGUGAACGGGACGGGAUACAGGCCUUUCGAUAUGGUGAUUCCCUUCACCUUUAGGAAGGGGGAAAUCACAGGUGAGGUUCACAUGCCGUCAGGUAAAACCGCCCAGCCUGAGAUCAUCGACAACAAAGACGGGACAGUCACGGUGAAGUACGCGCCCACAGAGGCUGGACUCCAUGAAAUGCACAUAAAAUACAACGGGACACACAUCCCAGAGAGUCCUCUGCAGUUCUACGUCAACAGCUCAAACAGUGCUAACGUGACAGCGUGGCCGGGUCUGGUCUGUGGGACCGCCAAUAAAACCGCCGUGUUCACCGUCUACACUGAAGAUGCGUCUGAUGGUGGCCUUGAUUUGGCCAUUGAAGGUCCAUCCAAGGCUGAGAUCAACUGUGUGGACAACAAAGACGGCACUUGCACGGUUUCAUACCUGCCCACGCUGCCUGGAGAUUACAAUAUACUCGUCAGAUACAAUGACAAACACAUCGCAGGAAGCCCCUUCACCGCCAGGAUCACAGAGGACAACAAGAGGAAGUCCCAGGUAAAGCUGGGCUCCGCUGCAGACUUCUCUCUGGAUAUCAACGAGACGGAUAUCAGUCUGCUCACAGCGAGCAUCAAAGCCCCGUCUGGCCGCGAUGAGCCCUGUUUGCUCAAGAGGCAGCCCAACAAUCACAUCGGCAUUUCCUUCAUCCCAAGAGAAGUCGGAGAGCACCUGGUGAGCAUCAAGAAGAACGGCCGGCACGUUCCCAACAGCCCCAUCAGCAUCAUGGUGGUCCAGUCUGAGAUCGGAGACGCCAGCAGAGUCAAAGUCUUCGGUCAGGGUCUGGUGGAGGGAAGCACGUUCGAGAUGGCCGACUUUGUGGUGGACACAAGGGAAGCUGGUUACGGUGGUUUGGCGUUGUCCAUCGAGGGUCCCAGUAAGGUGGACAUAGGUGGAGAGUACAUGGAGGGGGGAUGUUGUGGGGUCUCUUGUUGUCCUACUGAGCCGGGUGGUAAUAUAGUGUGAGUAAGAUUUGCAGAAGAGCACGUCCCAGGAAGUCCGUUCAGCGUGAAAGUGAGCGGAGAAGGUCGUAUCCGCGAGAGCAUCACUCGGCGUCAGAAAGCCGCUUCCGUCGCUAGUGUUGGAAGUGUUUGUGAUCUCAACCUGAAGAUCCCAGGAAUCGACCUCCAGGACGUCUCGGCGCAGGUCACCAGCCCGUCAGGAGCCACAGAAGCAGCUGAGAUGGUGAUGGUGGGAAAUCACACCUACUGCGUGCGCUUCGUGCCUCACGAGAUGGGCGUUCACACGGUGAGCGUGAAGUACCGCGGGCAGCACGUGCCGGGAAGCCCCUUCCAGUUCACCGUCGGGCCGCUGGGAGAAGGAGGAGCCCGUAAGGUGCGAGCGGGGGGUCCGGGUCUGGAGAAGGCUGAGACGGGGGUGCCAGCGGAGUUUAAUGUGUGGACGCGCGAGGCUGGCGCUGGAGGUCUGUCCAUCGCUCUUGAAGGUCCCAGUCGUGCAGAAAUCUCCUUCGAGGAAAGGAAGGACGGCUCCUGCGGCGUCUCCUAUGUAGCUCAAGAACCUGGUAUAAACACACACACGAGUUUACAGUAGUGUGCUUCGUUUGGUGUGCUGUUUUUGGAAAGCAGCCCUUACCUGGUGCCUGUUUACGCUCCUGUGGACGACGCUCGUCGACUCACUGUUACCAGUCUUCAGGAGUCGGGUCUGAAGGUGAAUCAGCCGGCAUCAUUUGCGGUGCGUCUGAACGGAGCAAAAGGCCACAUGGAUGCUAAAGUUCACAGUCCGUCCGGAGCCCUGGAGGAGUGUGUGGUGUCUGAACUAGAGCAAGACAAGUACGCCAUCCGUUUCAUCCCACGAGAAAACGGCAUCCACGUCAUUGACGUGAAGUUCAACGGGACGCACAUCCCGGGCAGUCCGUUCCAGGUUCGUGUGGGAGAGCCGGGACAGAGCGGCGAUGCGGGCCUGGUCACUGCUUACGGACCCGGGCUGGAAAGAGGAACCACAGGUAACCAGGCAGAGUUUAUCAUCAAUAACACCAAAGCGGGGCCGGGAUCUCUGGGCGUCACCAUCGAGGGCCCGUCCAAGGUCAAGAUGGAGUGUCAGGAGUGUCCCGAAGGCUUUAAAGUGCACUACACACCAAUGGCCCCUGGAAACUACGUCAUCACUAUCAAAUAUGGCGGCCCCAACCACAUCACCGGAAGCCCAUUUAAGGCCAAAGUCACAGGGCCGCGGCUGGUGAACGUGACGAACGCCAGUGAGAUGUCCACUCUGAUGGUGGAUCCGGUGAGCCGGGCGAGCAGCGUCAACUCCUACAGCGCCUCUCCCAGAGCCGCGUCUGACGCCAGUAAGGUUCUCAGUCGAGGUCCGGGGCUCAGCAAGGCCUUCGUGGGCCAGAAAGCGUCUUUCUCUGUGGACUGCAGUAAAGCAGGGAAGAACAUGCUCCUGGUCGGCGUUCACGGUCCUCUGACUCCCUGCGAGGAGAUCCUGGUCAAACACAUGGGAAACAUGCAGUACAAUGUCAGCUACGUCUUAAAGGAGAGGGGCAACUACAUUCUGGCUGUCAAAUGGGGAGAUGAACACAUCCCAGGCUCCCCGUUCCAAGUCACCGUCCCAUAAUUCCCUGCGGUUAAUCAGAAACACUGCUGACGGAGAGAAAGACACUGUACAAAAACAACUAGAAGAGCUUCUUCAUUCUGUUGAACUUUGCACUUGAUCAGGUUUUUGACUGGAAUGUGACGUUAAUGGCAUGUUGUUAUGAUGCAUGAAUUGUACAUUACUUCUAUUUCUCAAUUUAGUUCAGCAUUGCAAGUCUAAAGAUGAGUGUUGAAAAGUUAAAAGACGGUGUAUGAACAAACCGAUCAGGGUUUCACGCCCAAACGUCUCUUUACUACUGAUAUUGACUCUAAUCGCUCGUCUCUUUCUAACAAAACUGACACUUUUAAUGCACAUAUUAUAACCUAUCCAUGUCUGUUUGAUUCUCAGUGCAUAAACGGAACUGUGAUGUUCACUCGCUCAUAAAUCAAAGCAUCAUGCAUCACUUCAAAUCAAGCGAAGUGCAUUCAUUGAGUGUAUUCAUCUCAACGGGUUUCAUUGAACAGUUUACAUAAAGCCCUAAAGACCAAAAGAUCUGAUUUUCUGGCUUUAUGAAGACGCUAAUACACAAAAGUCACAGUAAUAGAUUUAUGCAGGUCUUUCACGUUCUCUGUCUUAAUUCUGCUAGUUUUGAUACUCCAGUGGUGAAGUAUUUUGUAAGUGUUUUAAGGGCAAGAGGGGACAUUAACUGUAUUUUGUGUUUAGCCGUUGGUGCCUUAUUGUGAAACACGUGAAUAGAUUCGAUGUACAUUUUGCUUAUUAAAACUGACUGGAAUAAAGAAUUCAAGAUUAAAGAA